AUGCUGCUCAAGUGGAUGAACGGGUGGGAGCGAGUCCUCUUUGUCGCUAUUGUGCUACUUGCCUUUGCUGGCAACGUGUUCAAUAUGGUCAUCAAUGGCCGCAAAUUGGUCGAGGCUCGCGAUCGGCCGGUGACAACCGCAUCCUUCCGUUCCCGCACCAAGGCUCCAGACGGAACUUUCCUUACCACAUGCUCGCUCAAUCCGCUCGAUCCAAUGGUGGCCGGAAUAUGCGAGAAGAACUUGUACAUGCCUACUGGCGAGUCAGCUCCCGAUGGCACGCCGCUCGUCGCCUUUGUUCCCACGUCUGUUCCGUGCAACGAAGUGGCCUACACGUAUUUUGGCUUUUCCUGCAUCGAUUAUCCGCUUGCAGACGUCUUCCCUAGCGCCACCAAUCCGACCUUCUCGUUCUCGAUCCGCGGCUCGACUCAGUUGUGCUUCAACGACAAGGCCAGAUGUGGCACGACCGCUGUGUAUGCCAUGAUCCGUUCCGCCGACCAGGAACUCGCUUCUUCGACAACACUAGCGGCCUUUAAGCCGCUCCCGCUGCCGACGCACGGCACGGCCUUCUUGCACAUCGGCAUGUCAACCAUACAGAGGCUCCAUCAGAAUGCCAUCACCAGCUUCCCUCUCUCCGCCACCGUCAUCCGCUCGUUUGAGCAAGAGCCGUCGCCAACUCUGCGGAGCUACACCAACGCCUCUUUCGGCAUCACCAUCGACCAGUUCUCGUGGGAUCUCGACGAGAUUGUAAGGACUGAGACCAUUGUGUUCGACAUUUUCGAUGCCCUCGCCUCGCUCGCCGCCAUCGCUUCGGUCAGUGUGGGUAUCAUCUACUACUUUUACCCGUCGUCGCUCAAGACGCCUGUCCACUUUCGCUUCGGUUCUCGCCGUGCGUACGAAAAGGCCAUCCACUCGGUGGCUGCCGCGGAGGCGGGAGUUCUUGUCGUGGGAGGCGCCCCUCACUCUCAUCGCCGCUCGUCGGUCAUACCCGUACAUGUCAGCGACUCGGAUGAAGCCGAUUCCAAUGACAACUCCAAGAUCAUUGUCACUCGCAUUGCAGACCAACGCUCGAGCUCCUCGAGCACCAACGACGCAGCCACCGCCAUUCCGGCGUGGUAG